GUAGCGUUGUGGUUGUCAUUUUUCAUUCUCCUCCUGCUGUGCUCUGUUCAUUUCAGUAUCUUACAAACCUUACUCUGCUCUGCGAUAUCUUCUUUUAUCUGGUGUUGUAUUUCUAUUGUGAUGGAUUUAGGGGGAACUCCAUGUGAUGCAAUUCUGCCCUCCAAUGCUCCAAUCCCACUGGAAGAUGGUGCUCUCAAUGACCAUCUCUUGCCCAUGAGAGACAGUGCAAAUGGAGAGGAAUUAGAGCUUGACUCCUCUGAUUCUGACAGUUCCGAAGAUGAGACUUCACGACAAGAAUUGUAUGAGAUGUUGCUUCCAGCUGCUCUGAAAGAGUCUUGGACUAGCUCGGGUCAUGUGAUUCUUAACUGUUACCAUUUUAAAUUUGCUCCUCAUCCUAGAGAUAGGAGCUACAAAGAAUUUGGUUUAUUUGUGAAGGCACCACUUCCCCAAGAGGCUGAGAGAAUGAACGUUGAGCUUCAUCUUGAACGUGGUAGAUCUGUAAUGGUAAAUUUGGUGCCAUCAGGGGUCGUUAAGCUUUUGGAGGAUGAGAUAACCCAGGCAGAGAGUUUUCAGGAGAUGUUUCUUAAGGUCAUUUUAGACAGAUCAGAAUUUGAACAGGACUACAUACCUUUGAGGAAUAAUGUGUCUAGAUCUAUUUCAUCACCAUCUUACUUGUUGCUUCCUGUGAUUUGUCAUGAUAAUGAGGGAUCGGUAUCUAUAGAUUGGGAAGUUAUUAGAAGAUGUUUAUCCUCCCAAAUUUUCCAGAAUCAUGCAUGCUCUGUUAUCAACGAAAGUCCUUCCUCGGAUACCCAUUUGAUACUUUAUGAUGGCCGUAGAAGGUCGAGUGAUAUCGAGAAUAGUUUAGUGUAUGUCCCAUACAACCGUAAAUUCUUUUUUGUCACUGACAUUGUGAGUGGGGAGAAUGGAUACAGUCCGUUCAAGAACUCAGGCUCCUUGAGUCAUCUCGAGCAUUUAGCGAGGUUUGGCACUCAUCUUAAAUACCCUGAGCAGCCUCUUCUUUGCGCAAAACAGCUAUUCAAUUUGAAAAACUGGCUAUACAAUAGAAAGCAGAAAGAAUCUGAAGCACGUCAUCUGGAAGAAUAUACUACUAAGUUGCCUCCCGAGCUUUGUCAAUUGAAGAUAACAGGCUUUUCAAAAGAUAUUGGAAGCUCCAUAUCGUUGUUGCCAUCAAUUAUGCAUCGUCUAGAGAACUUGCUUGUUGCUAUUGAAUUGAAGUCUAUGUUAACGGCUGCUUUUCCAGCGGCAGCUGAGGUUACUGCCAACAGAAUUCUUGAAGCACUCACCACUGAGGAGUGCAAGGAAUGCAUUUCCCUGGAAAGGCUUGAAACACUCGGUGAUGCUUUCCUUAAGUUUGCAGUAGGAAGACGCCUUUUUCUUGCCCACGAUAAGUUUAAUGAAGGAAAACUUACGAAAAAACGUUCUCAUUUGGUGAAAAAUAUUAAUUUGCUCAAGCUAGCAACUAAAAAGAAUUUACAGGUAUACAUACGUGACCAGCCAUUCAGACCUAGUGAAUUUUAUCCACUCGGUCGUCCUUGUCCAAGAAUUUGCAACGAGGAAACUAGAAAAGAUAUCCAUUCUCAUGAUAAUGCAGCAAGUGAAGCCAAGUGCAGCAAAGGCCACCACUGGCUACAUCUGUACAUAAUCAGUGAUGUUGUUGAAGCUUUGGUUGGAGCAUUCCUAGUUGACAGUGGCUUUAAAGCUGCAAUUGCAUUUCUCAAAUGGAUCGGCAUAAAAGUAGAAUUUGAAGCUUCACAAGUUACCGAUGCUCUCAUGGCAAGCAAUGCUUGCAUUCUACUUGCAGAUAGUAUAAACAUUUCUGCACUUGAAAAUUCAUUAGGCCAUCAAUUUCUCCAUAAAGCUCUGCUACUGCAGGCACUCGUACAUCCUUCUUACCGCAAGCAUGGAGGAGGUUCUUACCAGAGAUUAGAGUUUCUUGGAGAUUCUGUCCUGGAUUACUUGAUCACAUCAUAUCUCUAUUCAGCGUAUCCUAAGCUGAAGCCGGGUCUAUUGACAGAUUUAAGAUCAGUGUUUGUGAUGAAUGAGGCUUUUGCUAAUGUGGCGGUAGAUAGAUUGUUCUACAAGUUUCUGAUUUGUGAUUCAACUAGCCUUCGAAGUAAUAUAGAAAGUUAUGCAAACUUCAUCCAAGCACCUCCUUCUGAAAGGGCCUCACUUGAGCAGCUGAGAUUUCCAAGGGUUCUGGGAGACAUGGUGGAAUCUAUUGUUGGGGCCGUUCUGGUUGAUACAGGGUUUGACAUGAACUAUGUUUGGAACAUAAUGUUAUCUUUUCUGGAUACUAUUAUGAGCUAUUCAGGCUUCCAACUUAGUCCUAUUCGGGACAUAAAAGAAUUUUGUCAAAGUUGUGGCUGGAAGCUUCAGUUCCAUGCAUCAGAAGAGCCAAAAUCUUAUUCAGUUGAAGCGGAGGUGAAAGGAAACAACUUUCAUGCCACUGCUUCUGCAGUCAACCGUAGUAAGAAACACGCCGAGAAAAUUGCUGCCAAUCUUAUACUCACCAAGUUGAAGGAAAAAGGAUUCAUACCUAAGGUCAAUUCAUUGGAGGAAAUUUUAAGGUCAAGCAGUAAGAUGGAACCAAAAUUGAUUGGAUAUGAUGAAGUUCCCUUGGACACUAUCAAUCUUGGACCAGAAUUUUCUGGUGCAGACUUAGAUCCUUGCCGUGAAGUUGGUAAUUCUCAUUCAGUUUGCAUUACACGGAUAAGCGAAACACCGGUGUCUUCAUCAGGAGCAGCAGAAGAUCUGAAGCCUAGCAUGGCCUUUGGUGGUCAUGAUAGUUCCACAGACUUGCAGUCAUCAUCAGGUCGGUCGGGUAAAACAACAGCCAUAUCACGUCUGUAUGAAACCUGUGCUGCAAACCAUUGGAAUGACCCUUCAUUUGAUUGCAUGGAUGAGGAAGGACCAAGCCAUUUAAAGAUGUUUACUUAUAAGGUUGUAUUAAAGAUAGAAGAAGCCCCUGCUAGGACCUUGGAAUUCAUUGGAGCACCUCAGUUGAGAAAGAAGGCUGCGGCGGAGCAUGCAGCUGAAGCAGCUCUUUGGUACUUGGAAAAGGAAGGGUACUUGCCGCUUGCCUCACACAGAUUGAUACAAUAAUUACUGAUAAUGUGUUAAACAGUGUAGUGUUGUUGGAUAGUCUCAAUAUCCAACCCCUUCAACUUCACCACUGAUUCCACAUGGCCCUUUAGAGUGUGCAGUUCCCUCAGCCUGCACCAUUCAACAUUGAACCAAUUCAUAAAAUUUGAUUCUUGAUUUUCAUGACAGAACUUUUUCUGGGUAAUGAUUUGUUUUUUAAUUUACCUUGCAAUUUCAGCUCUUUUCUUGGCUUGCUCAGCAAUCUCUGAAUGAUCCUCGUGGCUGCUACUCUCAUGAAAUAUGGUUUCUGGUGGCUGCAGGCCGUGCAUCGUCCGUUGUUCUGUUGCCCAUUGUGCUUCUCUUUCGCCUAUUCCGUAAUCCUUCUUGGUUGUAAAGGCUGUCUACGUAGUAUAAUGGCCGAGAAAAUUUAUUAGCAUGAGAUGCGAUAAGUGAAUGACAUUACAAAAGUUCGAGCACAGACCUUAUUGUCGAGCAUGUUGUCCCAGGCCUUGCCGCUGAGGGCGUAUCGGAUUGUGAAUUUGAGAAUAUCAAGAGGGAAGUAAGUAAUAAUACUGUAUACCCAGAUGGCUCCUGCCCAUCCCCAACCAAUGCCUUUAAUCCUUGCAAAGUCCCAUUCAGCAUAUACCGCAAUUAGAGAGGCAACCUGAAGUGUAGCAGAAUCAAGAAUCAGGAGAUGUGUGAAAUUUUGAAAAGGUUAUUAGAAAGUAAGUACAAGAAGGAAUGUUCCUACCAACUGUGCGGCAAUGAAGGCAAUAAUUAGCAAGUAACCAGGGCAUUCAACAAAGGACCAGCUUCUUGACCUUGUGACAAAGAUGAGGGCUUGACUGAUGAUGCUCACUUGAAGAUAGAGAGCAGAGUUGAUCUCAGCAAUACCUUUGAGGGGCUUCACGCCAAAUGUGCUCUGCUUAUAAUGUUGAGAUGUUAGUAUACAAUGUCAUGUUCUUUUCAUUUAGGAAGGGAGCUUGAUGUUGUUUUCUCACCGGGAAGAAGUUGGUUUCAAUGGCGAGCCAGAAGAAAAUGACGCUCAUGAUGGCCAUGUAUGUUCCAAGGACAACACCAGUAGCAAAGAUUUCUUUGAGUUUCCAUGAGUCUGGCACAGGUGAUGGCUUGACCCUGUCCUUUGAAAUGGUCAUGAUGGUUCCAUCGUUAAGAAUGGCAAUGAUCAGGACCAUAAAAGGCGAGAAAUCAAACUUCCAAAUGAGAGCAACAAGCAUGAAUCCCAACACAAUACGGAUUGUAAUGGAAACUGCAUAGAUGGUGUAGUUCUUCAUUCUCUGAAAGAUGGCUCUGCUGGUUAGUACAGCACUCACAAUCACACUUAGCCCUGGCUCUGUCAAGACAAUGUCUGAUGCACUUCUUGCUGCAUCGGUUGCGUCGGCCACAGCAAUACCAAUGUCGGCUCUCUUGAGAGCAGGAGCAUCAUUGACACCAUCUCCUGUCAUGCCACAAAUAUGAUCCCUCUCCUGAAGUUUCUUAACAAUUUCGUACUUGUGUUCUGCAACCGAAAAAUGACGAGUUUAGUUCAGUCGAGGAAGGCAGAUGGUUUCAUAUAUCUCAUUGCGGUUGAAAGAACAAUGUGAUUACCAGGGAAGACACCAGCAAACCCAUCAGCCAUCUCAAUCAGUUCAUCCACAGGAAUGGAAGCAAUAGACUCAUCCUUGGAUUGGCCAAGCAAAGACGAUGAUGGAUACAUGUUGGUGCCCAUACCGAGCCUUCGACCAGUUUCUUUUCCUAUUGCAAGUUGGUCACCGGUGAUCAUCUUAACAUUAACACCAAGUUCGAGAGCUCGACGGAUGGUUUCUGCACUAUCAUGCCUUGGAGGAUCAAAUAGGGGCAAGAGACCAACAAAUUCCCAAGGUUCUCCAGCACUCUCUUUGUCCUUAUCUUGAACAGUCUAUAAAUGAGAGAAAAAAAGGUUCAAGAUUGAUAAGAACGCUUGUUCAUACAUGAAUCCAUUUCAGUAUAUUCACA